UUUGUCUUUUCCUUGUUUUUCUCGCAUCUGCAUCCCACAAUCACCCAAUCACCCAAACAACCUUCUCAUCUCCACCAAAUCUUCCAUAUUUUCUACCCCAUUUCAUCUCCCUCCUUCAAUUUGGUUUUCUGAGCAUUUCGCAGAAACCCUCUCUCAAUUCCCCCGCCCCCCUUUAUUUUUUUGGCUUUCUUCUUUUUCUUCUUGAAAGAUGAAUUAGGACUAGGCCUUGGAUUCUUUGGUUUCCAUGUCCUGAAAUCUCUCUUCCUGCUUUUGGGUUUCUUGAAGAAAUGAUUUUCAAGAUCUGGGUCUUGGGUUUGGUCUGAGUAUGAGAGGAUUCCAAUCGAUGGAAGGUGGGGUUAUGGAUUUGGGGCCACUGGGGAUCUCAGCCGUCGAAUGCCGGUUCCGUCUUCGGUCGGCGUUCGAUCCAUUCUCAAUUGCGUCAGAGACGUUUUCUGAAACGGGUCGUCUGAUUCCGGUUAGAGGAGUCUGUGGGCGGCUUUGAAGCCGGGGAGAUUUGAGCUUGAUUUCUUCUGUUGGGGGAGCUGUUUGGAUUGCCAGGAUGAAGGGGUUGUUAUUUCCGGAGAAUGGUUUUCCGGGAAAACCGGAAUCUUCCGAUCUUGAAUACGUUGAGACGGAUCCGACCGGGCGGUAUGUUCGGUAUACAGAAGUUUUGGGCAAAGGAGCAUUCAAGACUGUUUAUAAGGCAUUUGAUGAAGUGGACGGGAUCGAAGUCGCUUGGAACCAAGUGAAUGUUGAUGAUGUGUUGCAGUCACCAGAAAACCUAGAACGAUUAUAUUCAGAAGUUCACCUGCUGAAAUCUUUAAAGCAUGAAAACAUUAUCAGGUUCUUUAACUCAUGGGUGGAUGAUAAGAACAAGACUGUUAACAUCAUCACUGAGUUAUUCACUUCUGGGAGUCUAAGGCAAUACCGUAGGAAGCACAAAAAUGUUGAUAUGAAGGCUGUGAAGAGCUGGGCAAGGCAAAUUCUUCGAGGCUUGCAGUACCUUCAUGGUCACAACCCACCUAUUCUUCACCGAGAUUUAAAAUGUGACAACAUUUUUGUUAAUGGAAACCAUGGGGAGGUCAAAAUAGGAGAUCUUGGGUUGGCCAUCAUUAUGCAGCAACCUACUGCUCGUAGUGUCAUUGGUACACCUGAAUUCAUGGCUCCAGAGCUUUAUGAAGAGGAAUACAAUGAACUUGUUGACAUAUAUUCUUUUGGCAUGUGCAUGUUAGAGAUGGUGACAUCUGAAUACCCAUACAACGAAUGCAAAAACCCUGCACAGAUAUAUAAGAAGGUUUCCUCUGGAAUAAAACCUGCUUCACUUGGAAAGGUACAAGAUCCCCAAGUAAAACAAUUUAUUGAGAAAUGCCUUCUUCCAGCUGCUGAAAGAUUGCCUGCAAAGGAGCUCUUAAAAGACCCGUUUCUCCAAUCUAACAAUCCAAAAGAGCCUGUUCGGGAUCCAGUGCAGCUACCCAAUGUUGUGCCUAGAACAGUGAAUUUACCCAAGUCUGGGCCUCUCUCCAUGGAAAUAGAUUCUGACUACAAGCAGGUUUCUAUUAGCACUAGUACGGAAACCAGCAAUGGAACUGCACAUGUUCCAUGUUUGGAGUUUCAGAGGAUCAACAGGAAUAACAAAUUCAGCUUGAAGGGGGAGAAAAAUGAUGACAACUCAAUAUCAUUGACCUUGCGAAUAGCUGAUGAGCAUGGUAAAGUGAGGAACAUUCACUUUCUAUUUUACCUUGAUACUGAUACUGCAAUCUCUGUGGCUGGUGAGAUGGUCGAGCAACUUGAUUUGUCUAAUCAUGACUUGACAUUUAUAUCAGCGUUCAUUGAUUUCUUGAUUCUGAAGCUUGUACCUGGUUGGAAAGCCUCAGUCAACCAUGCUUUGAGCGAGCCGAAUCAUGAUGGUCUCUCUCAAUUUAAUGUUGGGAGUUUAGUCAAAGGUUCUGUAAAACAUGAUGGUGAAGUUCAUAUGCAUAAAAAAUCAUAUGUGGUUAUGUCUCAUGGUAAUUCUCCUCCAAGUUCAGCUAAUGGGGAAGAUCAAUAUUCUCAAGCCUCAGAGGUCUCGGCAGAAUAUGAUGGAAUCAUAGAAUGUGGAGAUUACGGGAUCGCUGAAUGCCUGGGUGGAUAUGUCUCAGAGAUUGACUUGGGAAUUGUAGAUUAUUCCAGAUUUAAGAUGGAAAGAAACAUUAGUAAUGUUGGUGAGAGUCUGUCUCCAAAUGGAUCUACAAAGAACAUGGAGAGACCUGUCUUUAUUCAAAGUGAUCUUUCGUGCUUUCCGAGCAUGGCAAGCAAUUCCUCAUGUCUAUCUUUAGCAGACAAAGAUCAAGACGAUGAGCUGAAGUUGGAGCUUGAUGCAAUUGAGUCACAAUAUCAGCAGUGGUUCCGUGAGCUGUCGACGAUGCGAGAGGAAGCGGUAGAGGGUGCAAGGAAAAGGUGGUUGGUUAAGAAUAAGUUAGCCAAUGCUUGAUUAUUUGGGAUUUGGGUGAUCAAUUUUCUGACAUUUACUUGAAUUAUUGUUUCUUACUCUUAUAACAUUCCAUUGUUGCUUUGUACUUUUGAGAUCUUCCCCAAUUAUGAGUGUGUUU